UGUCACGUUUGGUUUUGUGAUGGCGUCAAAUUCCGAGCAGUUGGCGAUUGUUCUCAUAUUUUUCAAAAUAUGCAACUGCUUUCAUGUAUACAACACCCAGUUUAAAUGAAAAAUGAAACGGUCGAAAAUUGACAUAAUCAACGCGACUGUCGAAUCCUACUUAAAACGGAGGCACUAUCAUCAGGAGAGUGACAUUUUUCGUAAAUCUGAACGCGGAGAUUGUCAAACCAGCGCCGCCGAAAUGACUUUAAGCACGACUGUCGAGUGCAGUACUUCUCGUGAGAAUUCAAUCGUCUUUAGCGCUAUUACAAACGACGCUGGAGUCGCUGAUCAAGCAUAUCACAAAUUGAAAAUAUGGAUCCAAACAAUAAACAAUGAAAACUUGAAGAUUGAACUGCAAGGAGUAUUAUAUCCGAUAUUCUGUCAUUUAUAUCUGGAGAUGUUGCAUGGCGGUAACAGACAGACAGCUAUUCAGUUUUUAAAAAUGUACCAAAAUGACUUUGUCUCUGAUACUGAACGAGACUUUUUAGAAGAACUAUCUAGCGUAUUUUCUAUUCAAGAUAUAGAACUCAGGCCAUUGGUUAAUGCGUUCAGAACAAGAAAAUAUAAGGUCGAUAUGUCAGACGAUGCUCACUUUUGUCUUCAAAAGUUUCUCGCCAAACAGGGACAUGUUAUUUUAAUGCAGGUAAUAAAUACACAUGUGACAAUCAUCAGAAAAAUACCAGAAGUACAUCCAGAUGAAGAUAGAAGUUGUGAACGUGGACCGAAUAGAGAAUCGGUGAUUAACGGUCAUGUAGAGCAACCUUCGGGCACAGGUGUAGAUCGUGAAAUGCGUGAACUCCAAGAAGCUAUUCGAUUGAUUCGUAGUAACGUUCAUCAACCAUUGAGGGUCUAUACAAUUAAUAAUGCCAAUGAAAACGCUAGCUGCGGUUCAAUUACGCCGAACAUAGACAGGCUAGCAGCCGGAUUUAGCACUUCUGAAAUAAGACUGUGGGGCAUCUCAGAUACGGUACUUACAAGGCCAAGACUUAAAGCAGCGCCGCUUAAUUUUGCAUCUAACAAUCCAUCCACCAGUAGAAGUUUAUGGACCGAGGACCAUAUGGAUGAAGCAGGGGCAAUUGUGAUGCGAGGGCAUACAGACGUGGUGCAUGAUUUAAAAUUCAUUCCCGAAGCUGAUGUUCUUCUAUCUGUAUCUAGUGACAAAGAUAUGAGAGCAUGGCGACUGAGCGAUUAUUCCUGUGCAGCUAUAUACAACGGGCAUAAUUAUCCUGUAUGGUGCAUGGAUACCAGUGUAUUUAAUUUGUACAUAGCAACUGGUUCGCACGAUCGUACUGCCAAACUUUGGUCGCUAGAUCGAACUUUUCCACUUCGGAUAUUUGCGGGUCACUUUCUAGAUGUUAAUUGCAUUAGAUUUCAUCCCAAUGCCCGAUAUUUAGCAACCGGUUCAGCAGAUAAAACGAUAAGGCUAUGGAGCAAAGAUGAUGGUAGUUUGGUUAGAGUUUAUGUCGGCGCUCGUUCAACAAUUUACAGUCUUGCUUUUAGUCCAGAUGGAAAGUAUUUAGCCGCUGCUGGUGACGACAAAAGUGUAUCUAUAUGGGAUUUAGCAACGAAUACCCAGUUGAUUGAGUUAAAGGGUCACCAGGAUACAGUAAUGAAUUUGGAUUGGAGUUCUGAUGGCCAGUAUAUUGCUAGUGCCAGUAUAGAUGGAGUAGUGCGACUUUGGUCCACCCAACGACACAUAAAUACUAGUAAUGGGGACAACACAAACUCACAAUCUGGACAAGACAAUUCUCAAGUAUAUCCAACAAAUUGCUCAAGUAUUCUAUCGCUACAAUACUACCACAAGAAUGACUCACUUGUUUGUAUUGGAACAUCGUAGGCUAAUGUGUGUAUACUACUGUCACUGAGUUAUGAAUUAUUUAUUUUAUUCUCGUCACUGGAGGAAAGGAAAUAAGAAUAAGUGAGCAAUUACUGUAUAAGGCCUCAUAAUAGUUGACAGUAUUUGUAUUUAUCAGCAUUAACCAUAACUAUCUAAAUUUAAUAAGAUCAUCAAUUUUCAUUUGUGUUGAUGGCUUUAGCGAUAGUACUGUUGAAGAUUUUUUUUGUUAGAAAUUUUAUAAUGAAUUCCAAUAAACCAUUUGAUAAAUACACUACAUUAACGAUGAGAAAAAGUCAUGCGAUGCGAAAUUGUCUAUAAAUUCCGUCUUUGAAAAACAAUGCGUAUUUCAAUGUGCGAUGAAUAGCAAAAUGAUCUGUACAAUAUGCUAUUUUAACCUGCAUUCUCAACGAUUGGAUUGAAAUGCUUAUUUAUAUUAUACAGACAGAGAUCUGAAAAAAUGCUACAUGCGUCUCUGGGCUGUCGAAUAAUUCUCUGUAGCACAUCUGAGCAAGAUCUGAUUGUAAACAUGCGAAUUUUCGAAACGAUAUAAAUGUUAGGAGCAUUUUCACAUAGUGAGUUACAUAUUCCUUUCAGAUACUUUGUACUAAAUUAUUCUUUAUCUUUAAUGAAUAAUCUUGUUUGGAUUGAACAUCACUUUUCACAAAUCAAACAUGCACAUUAACACAUUGUUCUGAAUCUAUUUUGAUACUAAAUGCAGUUUAAUUCGUGAUUCUAUAAACUUAUUUCACUAACUGUUUUGAAAUGUAUCUAUAGAACGACCCGGAAGAGUAAAGAACAAUUUUUCAGUCUAACAUCCAGCACCAAGAACCUAGUCCUCCAGGCAAUAUGGUUUUACACAAACGAAAUUAUAUACUUGCUAACACUACUCACAAGUAGAACGAAGUGCAAAUAAUAAUUGACAUUCGCUAUUUUUUAUGCGUUUUUGUAAAUGUAAAUAGGAUGGUCAAUCUCAAUUUUUUUCUCUGCGGGUCUUUGUAUGUCCUCCAGUAAAAUUGUACAUUUUUCAUUUCGCAGUAUCAAUCGUGAUCGGUCUCCACAAUUUUUGUAAAGUUUUUAUUGUAAUACCUUGAGAUGAAUGUUUGAGAAAACUUAGAGCAAGAAAAAGACUCAGUUAUUGAGAUAUGAUGAAAAUUUUUAGAACGUUUUCCACUUUUCAUAUCUAUCAACUGUGGAGUAACAUUUUGUUAAUCUUUGAAUUGUGUACUUGGGUGUAUAUAAUACCAUCCACGUUCCUCUAAGAAAGUGCUACUUCGCCUUUAACCAAAUCUUUGUAAUAAGCCGAACAGAGAAUUUUUUUUUUUUGCAUCAGUAAGAAUACAAUUGUUUUCGGAAACGAUAAUUCGUGCAAAUUUUCGACUACAAAUGAAGGCACUCUUCAGACGCACUAUAGGAGGAUGAGAACAGUUCUGAGAGUGAGACAACCAGUGUACAGUGUGUACCAGUGUUUUAGAGUUAAGCAUCUAUUCUGCAGUAUGAUACAAUUUAGUACAAAUAUUACUAAACCAUAAAAUUAGCAUGCGAGAUUUUACUUAUAAUUUGAAUCUCAAAUUAGAACGCAAAUUUGAUUUCACUAAUAAUAUCAAUUUUCUUUCUUACUUGCUUUUUUUUAAAACUAUCAUAUGUGUUUAAAAACGUACCCGCCGUGUUAGGAUCAAGCGUUUUAAAUUAAACCAGAGUCGUUGUUCUGUAACUUUGUCACAAGUAUUAAAGUAAAUUCUCUUCAAAGCUGUCUUUCAGUAUGUUAUUAUUUUCACUAUUAGCAAAUUGGAGGUGGUUUGAAUUCCAGUUCUUGCAAAGCUCUUAGGGUUUUGGUUUAUUGCGCUAAUCCCUUAUGCCCUUCCUCUACGCCAGCGGCUCUGUGCCCUUAUGAAAUUGAGUUUGUGGGUAGCUAACCAAUUUUCGUGGCUUUCGGUAUAUUUUAGAUAUAUUAUUUUAUGCAUACUUUGGUUGAGCUACGAUUAUACAGUGAGUUCGGAGGACUUUUUUCUUUAUUACUACCAACUUGUGUAUAUAUCAUUGAUAAAAUUUUACGUAAAACCUUCAUACUCUUAUUAAAAACAUUAAACUGACCAAAUUUAAAAUCAUAUACGGCGUAGCACUGCAUGCAGGAACUUAGCAGAGGCACAAUGUUGUAAUGGCUAACUGUUUUAUCAGUGCCUAUUAGUGCAUAUUAUCGAGGUAUGGGACUGUUCGUAACAUUUUCAAGUUUCUAAACUGUUUCUAAAUUAUCCAUCUUUCUAAACUGUGUUUCAUCCUCACAGAAUGGCACCUUAUGUCUUUAUUUUUCUAUAUAAUAUACUUUGGAUCUGCCUAAACUGUUGUUACUCAUACUUUAACAAGUUCUGUCAUUUGAAAAUAUACCCAUUUCCAAUUUAUCUUUUUUCAUGAUGUCCAGCAACCGAGAAUUCCUCAAAAAUCGUGAAUUAUACAGGAUGUUGAAAAAGCGCCCUUGAAAAUAUGAGAAUUUCUUAUAGCAACCUGGGUUUUUUUUUGUAAACAUCGACCAAGUCCCAAAGGAAUAUUUUCAUCAAAAUAGACUCAAGUAAAGUUUCGACACGGCGAUGUUUAACAUUUUUUUACGCGGGUAUUAGAAGAACAAGGUCGAAUUUUUACACAUAGUUAGUACAAGGUUUUAUGAAGUUUUUUUGUUAAUUGAAAAUAUCAAUUGACAACGGACUUAUUGUCCUUCGGGAACAGAUAACUUGAAGGAGCUUCAUAGCACCAUAAUAGUUUGGUAAUAGUUUCUUUGGUUGCUUUGUAUUCUAUAUACUUUUUUUCUUAAGGGAGUGCCUAAUCGAUUUCGACGUUAUCGUAUAGACCUCCAAAUAUCGAAUUCACCAGCCAAACAUUUGAUUUCGCAGAUAUUCUUCAUUCGUAUAUCAGACGAUUUGUUAGUAUAAAAAAUCCUGUUACCGUUUUACUUGUCGAUUUGAAUUCUUUUAAAUACAUCACUUGUAUUCAGUAAAUUUUUAUCUCUGCAAACCAACACUUUGAUAAUGAUGUACAAAAAUACUAUAGUGUUGCCACCCUACUUCAUAGUCCUAAGUGAUUGGUGAACCAAAUUUGAUAACGAGUAAACAUUAUAUAAAGUGUUUACAAUUAGCUCCAUGAUGUAUAUACCGAUAGUUGAUUUUACCUAGUUAUGUAUGCACAAUGGACAUACUCGUCCAUAAAAAAUGUAGUAUCUCUUAAAUUCGAAUAUUAUGGAAUAUUUCGUUCAUUUUUAGUUCACGUUGAAUACUUUACAUUGUUAAGUACCUGAACAAUAUUGGCAUAGUAUAAUUUUUGGGCGUAUAUGUAAGUGUACAGAAUAUUUAAUUCUUGUUUGCCUGGCUCAGAAUAAUUCGGAAUAAUUUUGUUUGCUUCGUUAGUUUGAAUAAUUUUUAUCCUUCAACUGAAUAAAUGUUUGAAUGGGUAUUUGCGAGGAACUUAUAGCAACUACAAGUUUGCCUUCUUUCCAACGAAUGGUUUAAAUUUGAUAUCGUUUAUUUCCUUGAAUAAUUUUUGGAUUCAAUCAGUACGUGAAGCAAGCAUCAACAUUUGUGAAAUCAAUUUAUCAUUGCUGCUAACUAGACACAUAAAAUUACCAACUGCAACUUUAUGUGUUGUUGCUACAGUAUUGAAAUACUGAUAACGGUAUUAGUAUUUUUAAAUUCUAACAAUCCUAUUUUAUAUGUAUUUUAUGUUUGGUUGCAGGAUAUUAGGAGGUAGGUAGAAGUAACUUCUGUAACAAGUUAUAAUAUAGAACAAGGAACAAAGACACUUGCAAAUGCUGGUACAAAUCAACUAUUCUUUACAUGUAAGGCAGAACAAACACGAUAUUGAAUGUAAUGUGAAUUUGGUAAAUUUUUCAUUCAGUCUUGUGCAUUAGCUCAUAAAAUUGUCUUCAUAGCUAGAAAAAUUAAAAUUCGGAUAUAACAUUCGGUUUACAGGCAAUUUAUGACACAAGUAAACACGUUUUAAUUUAUUGAGAUAGAUAGGACAAGCAAGUGGUGUAAUGAUAUUAAGAGUGAAAAGAUAAAUAUAUAACAAUAACAAUGGAAAAUAUUUUUUAUCGGUUAAAGUCGUCUUCAGUGACUUUAUUUAUACGUACAUAGUGAAAACUCGAAUCGUUAUAAUGUGAAGAAAUUUCUGUUAUAACUUCAUGCACGCUGUAUAAACGAGUCAUAUAUAAUUAUGUAUAUCCACAUGUAUACUAAAUACAUUUCUUCCUCUUUUA